UAUAUAUUGGUUUUUGUUUAAAUGGAUACUUGCUGUCAAUAGAUACUCUGGCUAUGAUUACUUUGUUCUUUUUAGAAGUUAGUCGCAAAGUGGUGGUCGUGUUAAUUUCUCCAUGUGACGCCGGAAGUCGGUGUUUUCUAUUGCCACGUUGAUCACGAAUGUUUGUCAAAGUUUACGCUGUCAAAAACACAAUAUACCUGUAGUAGAUUUGCUAUUUGUUGAUUCAGUUCAUUGUUGAUUGCUAGGAGAUCAGUUUUGGCGAUUGAAGAUGAAAGUGAAAGAGAUAGAACGGACUGCCAACAUAGCUUGGUCUCCUGCUGACCAGCAUCCAAUCUAUGUAGCUGCAGGAACAGCAGCGCAGCAGCUGGAUGCAACAUUCAGCACCAAUGCUGCUCUUGAGAUCUAUGGGAUGAACCUGUCUGAACCUGGACAAAAGACAAACCUGGUUGGAAAGAUUGACUCGGAUUUCAGGUUUCACAAAUUGGCAUGGAGUUCUCAUGGUAUGAAUGGAGACAGAGUUAACGGUCUGCUGUGUGGAGGGACAGAAAAUGGCCACCUCUACGUCUGGGAUCCAUUCAAGAUUAUCAACAAUGAGGAGCCUGUCGUGUUUAAAACUGACAAACACACUGGUUCGGUUGGAGCACUGGAUUUUAACCCUUUCCAGGCAAACCUGUUGGCCUCGGGUGCUAGUGAUUCUGAGAUCAGUAUCUGGGACAUGAACAAUCCUAACAACCCAAUGACCCCCGGAUCAAAAUCACAGGAGACUGCCAGCGCUCCUGCCGAUGACGUAUCAUGUAUCGCAUGGAAUAAACAAGUUCAGCAUAUCCUGGCAUCGACAUACACCACAAGAUGUGUGGUGUGGGAUCUGAGGAAAAGUGAGCCCAUUAUCAAAGUCAGCGAAAGUAUGUCCAGGAUCAAAUGUAAACUUGUCGCAUGGCACCCAGAUGUCGCCACCCAGAUGUGUCUGUCAUCAGAAGAUGAUGCCACGCCAGUUAUUCAGUUAUGGGAUCUACGAUUUGCCACAACCUAUGUGAAACAGUUUGAGAAUCAUAAAAAGGGUAUCUUCUCAAUGGCAUGGUGUCCCAAGGAUCCUGACCUACUGCUCAGCUGUGGUAAAGAUAACAGGAUUCUCUGUUGGAACCCCAAUUCUGAUGUUCCUAAAGGAGAGGUUAUCUAUGAGCUCCCAACAUGCCACCAGUGGAGUUUUGAUGUCCAGUGGUGCCCAAGGAACCCAGCAAUCAUCUCGAGUUGUGCAUUCGACGGCCAUAUCAGCAUUUAUUCGCUAAUGGGCGGUGAGAUCCCGGUCGAACCCAUUAACCAGAUCACAGACUCCUUUGGCUCUAUGGAUCCCUUUGAGCAAGCACAGGCCCAACAGAAAAUGCAGCAGCAGCAGGCUGAAAAGGAGAUGGUCAUGCCUCUGAAGAAACCACCCAGGUGGUUUAGGAGACCUGUGGGAGCAUGCUUUGGGUUUGGUGGACGACUGGUCACGUUUGAGAACACGAAACCGCAACCCAACCAACAGCCUGUCCCGCGCCAGGUUCAUAUCAGUCAGGUUGUGACUGAAACAGAGCUGCUGCAGAGAUCACAGCAGUUAGAAUCAGUUCUCCAAACUGGACAGUUUGCCGAGUUCUGCUCCAUGAAGGUGGCCAAUAGUAAGGACGACCUUGAAGAAAGCGUAUGGAAUUUCCUGAAGGUCAAUUUUGAGAAGGAACCAAGGAAACGCUUCCUCCAAUUGCUUGGUUAUGACCAGACAGAUCUCGCCCAGAAGGUUGGGGACAAGACAGGUACGGAGGUCCCCGCAGGGGAACAAGGUGUAGAUGCUGCUGAACUGGCCAAGAGGAUGCAACAGUUGAAUACACCUGUCUCUGAGGAUGGUCUAGCUAAUGGACAAGCAUCUCCUUAUGUUGGCUCUCAGCCUAAGACCCCUGUUGAGACUGAUGGAGCUGCUGCCUUUGAUCAGAUUGCUGGCGCCACUGAAGAUGAGGCAAGAUCCGACUCGCCAUUUUCUAUAUCUACCAGCGACGAUGAUAUUGAUGGUCUUAUCAAUCAAGCUGUAUUGAUGGGCAACUUACAAGUGGCAGUAGAGAUGUGCAUUCAUGAUGGCCGAUGGGCUGAGGCAGUCAUUCUAGCCAUUGCUGGUGGACCUGAACUCCUCGCAAGAACGCAGAAAAAAUAUUUCAAAAAUAACAAAGACAAUACAACCAGGUUGAUAUCCUCUGUGGUGACAGGAGAAUAUUCCCAUGUAGUUGAAACUUGUGAUCUAGAAAACUGGAAGGAGGCUCUUUCCGUUGCUCUCACGUAUGCCCAGGCCGAUGAAUUCAAACAAUUAUGUGAUACCCUCGGUGGACGUUUAGAGAGAGAUGCCAAACUGUCUGUGUAUUCAUGUCUGUGUUAUAUCUGCUCUGGCAAUGUAGAGAAGUUAGUACAGGCCUGGGCCAAACAUAAACAGAAUAACAAUGCACCUUUAGCUUUACAAGACUUAGUAGAAAAAGUGAUGAUUUUAAGAAAAGCUGUCGAGAUGACGUAUGGUCAACCUCCAGAAAUAACAAGUGGUGCUCUCUCAAAUAAGCUGAGUCAUUAUGCCGAGUUGCUCGCAGCUCAGGGAAGCAUCUUUACAGCCAUGGGAUACCUAGGAACAUCAGAAGAGGAGUCACUACUGGUCCUGAGGGAUCGUUUGUACAAGGCCCUCGGCCAGGCAGCGCAAGGAAUCCAGCCACCGAAAUGUCCAUUCCAAGUGAUGAACAUACAGAAGCAGGGGAUCAAGCCUGCAGCUGCCCCGGCGUCGGCUGCACAAUAUGGGCAGCCAACUUCAGCCUACCAGGCCCAAGCCAAUAACACAUUUCAGACAUCUUCGACGGCCUCGACGUCCUAUUAUAAUCCUGCCCAACAGAACCAGUACACAGGUUACGCAGGGCCGUCUGCUAACCAAACCACGUACAGUCAGGCAAAUCAGCCAAUGGGACAGCAAGCACCAGUUGCUUCAAAGGCACCUUCGUCAACAGCCCAACCAAGAGGUGGUCAUACCCUGGCCCAGAAAUAUCCUAGCUAUGCAGGCCAAGCAUAUGGUGGUGUGGAGACCUAUCAACAGCCCAGCUAUUUCUCACCGGACUUCGCUCAGCAGACAAACUAUUCACAGGCAGGAUACAGCAACAAUUACAGUGGUGAUGGUUAUCAGAAUAAUCCGACACAACCAGGGAAUAUCUAUAAUCCAGCUCAAAGUCAAGUACCUGACCUCCCUAGCGAACGUGGGGGCCUCAUGAGGAAAUUCACGCCUCCUCCUCUCCUCCGUAGGAAGAGUAGUAUCUAUGAUGAUAAGGAGAAACUCGCAGGUGUGCUGGGUAGCACCAGCAACCAAGGCAGACGCCGGAGUCUAUUUCACUCAGAAUCAGAGACAGAAAUUAAAGGUGGCCCUGUAACUCCUCCAGUCAAUGUGUCCAACUCUGCGGUCCCCUCUUUCCAGGAUACGAGGCCAGAGAGAGCUUGGAAUGACCCACCGCUAGUACAAGGAAAGGAAAAGAAAAAAUCUAAUAUUCCCUCGACAACUUCGUAUGAUGCCCCUGCACCCAUUACAACACCAAUCUUUAAUCCUGCUGCCCCUGCCGCGCCCGAGCAGAAUCCUCCUGGAGCGCCCGCUAACUUUGGUACCCAGAUGUACAACCCACAGGAAUAUGGUCAGCAACAACAGCAACAACAACCACAACAGCAACACCCACCUCUUAGGAUCCCAGAACCUGCAAAGCCUGUGGAGAAAGCACCGAUCCCAGAGGAACACUUGGUGUUACAGGACAUCUUUGAUAAUCUAACAAAAAGAUGUUUGGCAUCUGCGACAAAUCCACAAAUGAAGAGGAAGCUAGAUGAUGUACAUAAGAAACUGGAGGCUCUCUACGACCGGUUACGGGACCAAGUGCUCUCGCAGAAUGUCAUUCUAGGACUUCACCAGAUAGUACAGUGCGUUCAGCAAUUCAACUACCAACAAGCUCUUUACAUCCACACAGAUAUGGUGAACAAGGGUAACUUCUCCGAGAUAAGCUCUUUUAUGCCUGGAAUUAAAGUUCUAAUGCAACUGGCCAUGCAGCUACGUGUCUAGUGGAGAUAUGUGUAGGAAUUUGCGUACUUAUUGUACUGAUGGACUGAAUCAUCAAGAAUUAUGUAAGAGGACAACUGAAAUAUGUAUGAAGAUUUUGGUUCAAAAACAAGAUAAAUUCAUUUUUACCGUUUGAGUAAAAUGCGAUUUGGAUUUAACCAGGAAAAAGCAACUGGCCCAUAAAAUCAACAAGGUUGUAGCAACUAGAUUGAAAUUUGACUGACUAGAUCUCUGUGAGCAGAAUUGGGUGGCCAACUCGAACGUUUCAGAAAUGUGUUCCAUCUUGUUUUGUAACCAAAAUUCCUCCGAUAUUUGGAAAACUUGGUUGAGAAAAUAAUAAUGAGACUUAAACAAUGUUAAAAGUUCUGGGUUGUGAAACUCUGCUGUCAAAAUAUGUGUAAUGAUGUGUUGUUGGUAGUAUUUUGUUCAGUCGAAUAAACGUUAUUUAAGUUCCUUGGUCCUGUGCAAUUCCUUGUAGUCAAUGUAAACCCAUGUAUAUUGUAAAAUGUAAAUGUUAGGUAUGACAUUAUUGGAUAAGAAAAAAAUAGCUGGAAAUCAUCAUGUAUGACUUACUGAAUAUGGAUGCAAGUUUAUAUUCACUUGGCAAGGAUAGUGAAGAAAUAUAAUUUUGGAAGGUUUGCCAACCUUGUAUCAAGAAAAAAUAAGCCCUGAAUAUUUAUGUUUAUUUGAGUUGGUGCUUUUAUAAUUUGGAGGCAGAAUGCUUCCUUGACUUGAAAUUGUAGAUUCAUGUAUAUUGUGUACAGAUAAAGCUUGCCAUAUGUGGCUAAUCCUUGAAAGUGAAUGGCUUAAAAAUUCCUUUUGAAAUUGAGAGAGGGUUUUGUUGUUGUUGUACAAAUCAAAUGAAUUUCCUGUGCCCUUUCAAAACAGAGGCAAAGCAACUUAACUAUUGGCUAUUCUAAACAGUGGGGCAUGAACGCUGCGUGUGCUGGACAAUUGCAGUUGCUAUGGCCAUUCCUCUGUAGGGUUGCAUACUUCUUCACCAGUUCCGUUGGGAAGCACAUGGAAGAGCAUCAGACUCGAAUAAGAAGGUUGUGUGUUCGAGGCCAGGCCUGUGCCAUUUGGGACUUCCAACUGGCCUGAAAUCUCAAAUGGCCAAUAGUAACAUUUGUAUGUGCUUCUUGGUUUCUACAGAACUGUUUCUUCUGGCUAAAGCUGGCACAUGAAUGCAGAGCACUUCGAGACAUUUCAGUUGUACAGUAUAAAAGCACUUUAUGAGAUCGUACAUUUCUUUUCAUUGGAUUUGAUGUGUGGAAAGAUACCAGAAAUUCAAAGUCCUCACUGUCCAUUUCCUGAUCUCUCCACCUCACUUCAUGCUGGGUUGGGUCUUCAUUUUACCACUCGUCUUUUUGGGUCAUCACUCAUAAUCUGAGUGACAUAGGGAUUUAUUUUGGAUUCUUUAAUAGUUGGGGAAUUCUAGUCAAAAACAAUAUCAGAUUUGUUGCACAUUGCAUGAGCGUUUUCCUCUGCUUGGAUUAAGGUAGAAACUUUGUCAGAAUAAUUUUCAGUUGUCUUUCUUAGACUUUGGAACCGAGCUUUGCUAAAUUGUAAAUAGACCACUACCGCUGUAUAUUUUGUGCGUAUUAGGUCAUUCCAUUAGGCUUAAUUGCUAUUAAAAGUCAUGCAAAGUAAUAACUGCCAUAUUGUACAUCUACCAGUAAGUUAAACAUUCUCGAUAAUCCUGUUCUCAACACAGAAAAAUUUCAUAUCAUUUCAAUCUAAGUACAAGUAUCAUCACUUUACAAUGUUAAUUGAAUUCAGUCAAUUCAUCAUUCAAUGAUAGCUAUAGAAAAAAACAUUCUUCUAAUACCUCAUCGAUGGUGCGACCCCAGUUAGUGGCUUUUCUUUUUCAACUUUUUUUUCGGGUGUUGGAUGCAUGUUUGGAAAUGCUCUGAAUAUCACGCAGAUAUGUCUUUUAGACAUCAGUGGAGAAAUAAUUCUCGGUCUUAUGUUGGUAGAAAAAUCAUGCUCAUUGUUGCAUACCGUUUUUCUAUGAAGAAACUUCAGUCGGAUUAGAUGCCUUUAAAGCACAUCUUGACAUGGGUCUGAGAUCGCAGUGCCCUCCUUUUCUCCCAUUAAGUACAAGAUGCGUUGCAGUGCAUGACUACCACAUUCUAAACUUGGCAGUAUCAGUUUUGAGUGAAAUUCGGCAGACAUGAUGUUGUGUAAAUGAAAUGUCAGACAAAUGAUAAUGAUAUUUAAUUCAUUUUAUUGAAAAUGAAAAUAAAAAAGAAUUCAAAUA